AUGCCUGGUGCGUAUGAUACAGUUAUGGAAUCAAGUCGCGAAAUUAUUCUUACUGAUAUAAAUGAUAUUUAUUUAGACCUUAUUCGGGCAGUUCUUUAUAGAAUGUCCAAAGAAAUUGAUUUCAUUAUUGACCAAUAA